GUGGCCCGUCGGGAAAUGUAGUCUCGGCUUCCGGGUCUCCGCAUAAAGCGACGGUCGCUCCUGCAGAGUCCGCUGCGGCCCCCACCCCACGCAACAGGGCAGCAGGGAGGGUCCUGCAUCGGGGGUCGAGUGGGGGGAGAGGGAGCCAGAGAGGAGGGGGCGUCCCCUGCAGCCCCCCCUCCCUGAAACUCUGCUUUGGGGGAGGGGGCUGCCUCUGCCUCCCCCCCUCCAGCUUUGCACCCCCGCCUCUUAAGGGGAGGGGGCGUCUAAGGUGCUGCCCCAGCCAGACUGUAACCCCCUCCUCCUCUCUUGCCUUGCAGCCCCCUCCCCUGCUCCUCCAACCCCCCCCCUCCCAAGUGCCCAGCCUGCUCCCACCAUGGUCCGCGCCUUCUUGAUCCACUCGUUGCGCGGCCGCCCCGGGGAGGAUGCCGAGCUCCUCUUCUGCAGGGUCUUCGCGGCCGGAGGGGCGGCAGACGCCCCGCACCCGAAGGAGAAGGAGCGCCUGCGGACGGUGGCUAGACAGGUGGAGACGGCAUGCAGGCUGCAGCUGAGCCUCUCGGGGAAGCGUCCUUCCGAGCACCUUCAACAGCCGCUGCCCGAGGAAGCUGCUUCUCUCCAGGAGACCCCCUUUGGGGUCUUCCGCCUCCCCGCAGGAAACCCCUUCUCUGAGGACAAAACGGUGCUCUGGUUGGGGCUCCAGUGCUUGGCGUUUGCUCUGGUCUGUGACCCCGAUGAAAACCUGAUGCUUGCGGAGGGCACCCUGAGACUCUUGGGCAACGCUUUGCUGGAGCACCUCAAGCUUCUGUCCACGGGGAGCAAUGUGCUCCUGAAGGCCGACCGGACGGAGGCCGUCCUGGAGAAGUUCCUGCCUCACGGACAGCUGCUCUUCCUGAACGACCAGUUUGUGGUGGGGCUGGAGAGAGAGCUGAGCGUCCAUCUUGGCAAAUGAAAGGCCAUCGGAGGAGGAGGAGGAGGAGGAGAAGGAGGAAGAGGAGGAGGAGGGGGCUUCCGGCUUUCCAAGACGGACUCGAGCUUCCUCUUCUUCUUUUGCAUACUUGAGAAAUUGUGGGCCAGGCGUAAAAAAGUGGCUUAUCUGCUUGUAAAAUGUUAGGAAGUUUUUCAAUCAGGCUGUUUGAAUAAGAUCAGCAUUUUCAUCUGCUGUUUUUCGUCAGGGUUUUCUUUCUCCCCCUCUAAGAACUUAGUAAAAUGUUCGUUUUGGUCAA